AUGGAUGAAGCAGGUUCUCGAGAAACUGAAACAGCUAAAAUCCUGAAGCACGAUCGACUCACUUUCAGUGCUGCCAUCUAUGAAAAUUACCUACACCAUUUUGAGGUAGUAAAGCAUACGAAAUCUUCGACUUUGAUUAGAGGUACACAAAUUGGGGCAUUGUACAGAGUUCUUGUCGUCACAGAACGUCUUGCCAAUUCAAUUCACCUCACCUACAUUGAAAACUGUCCGAAGACAGUCAUGCUUCCGCUGCUGGCUACCCUAACCAGUAUGGUCGUUGUACUGGAAGAUAGCAUUGUAUGGUAUUUCAAGCUCCACUUCAAACUUGACUGA